AUGGGCCAACAACCCUCGACCCCAUCCCCAGGGACCAAAGUCCAAGUCAUCGGAGCUGGACUUUCACGUACCGGCACAGCAUCAUUCAGCGCCGCAUUAAACAUCCUCCUCCAAGGACCCAUCUACCAUGGCGGCACCCAAACCACCAUGGGUCCACCCAUUGAGAUCCAAUCCUGGAUCCAGAUCCUCCGUCACUGGCUCAGCCCCAACCCCCAAGACCGACAGAUCACACUCAACCUCCUCAAACAGCGACUGGACGGAUACGCCGCCAUCACCGACGCGCCGGGCGCGCAACUCGUCCCUGAACUCCUGGAACUGUAUCCCGACGCCAAGGUCAUCUGCACCGUCCGUGAUCCGGACGCGUGGACGAAAAGCAUCAACCAGGUUGCCAGUCUGUCGACGUUGUGGUUUCUGCGGGUAGUCCUGCUUCCGUUGCCGGGGAUGAGGCACUUUGUCGAAUAUAUCGACGUGUUAGGCGGUCAGUGGGGGCGGUUGUAUGGGACGUCGAUGCCCACUCGGCAGACUUAUGAGCGGCAUGUUGAGUGGUUGAAGCAGGUGGCUCCCCAGGAUCGGUUGGUCUUUUUUCAUGUUAGUGAUGGGUGGGGGCCGCUGUGUGAGGCCCUGGGGGUCGAUGUUCCCGUCGAUACACCCUUUCCCAGGAUCAAUGAUUCCGAGGCUAUUGAACGGACGGGAAAGUACCAUAUCCAGCGCGGGUUGGUGCGAUGGGCGGGGAUUUUGAGUGUGGUGGGUGUUGUGGUGGCUGCUAUUGCUCUGCGGUAG